AUGCGGAACAGCAUCGCCAUCGCCAACGACAAGGGUCGUCUGACGGAAGAGGAGAUCGAGCAGAUAGUGAAUGCUGCAGAGAAGUUCAAGCAGGCGGACAAGAAGCAGAAGAGUAGGAUAGAAGCGAGGAUCGUGUUAGAGAACUGCAUCUUUAGCAUAAGGCGGAAAAUGAAGGAGGGAGAGAUGAAGCAAAAGGCAUCAGAGGAGGCCACCAAAGACAUACUUACGAUGUGUGAGACGACCUGGAAGUGGAUAAACACCGACGAAGAUGCCACGAAGGAGGACUACGAUCUAAAGCGCACAAAUUUGGAGACCCUAGUCAGCUUUCUUGUGGCAACGCAGAACCCCCAUUCGUGA